AUGGGCUCUCCGAGCGCUAUUGCUCUUCAACUGAUACGUAACUGCGGAUCAAUGGUCAUCGUUUAUCUUCUUUUAUUCUCCUCAUUAUUGCAUUCGACGACAGCUGGCCUCAUGAGAAAGGAUUGCAAAAAAGUCGGUGCCGAGGAACUCAUCGACGAGGAGGGUUGCGAUUUAAUGAUCGUUCAAAUCAAUCGUUGUAGCGGUCAUUGCUUAUCGUUUACGUUCCCAAAUCCGCUAACGAAAAAGAUCAGCGUGCAGGCGAAAUGUUGCCGAAUGACCGAAUGGGAGAUGCUAGAAACCGAACUGAAAUGCGAUGGGGGGAGCCGCCAACUCCGGAUACCAAGCGCACUUCAGUGCGAAUGCUUCGACUGCGCUGUACAGUAA